AGAGCGAGUCUAUUAGGAGGAAAGCUCUCAGCCAUAAUACUUUUAUUUUUAUUCACUCCUUUCUUCCCGCAUCUUUAGAGCAGUCUUCUCUCUGUGUAUUGCCACCGUCACGCAAGAAGCACAGCUCUUUCCUUAAUCUCCAUCUCCCUCCUUUGCCCACACUCCUUCCAUCUCUCACCCAUUCCCUCAGUUUGUUCCUCUCCUCUCUCCCUCUCCCUCUCACUCACACACUCUGGAGCAGGAGGGGCAGGACGCGGCGUUAGACCCAACGGGCGGACAGAGGAGACUCCGGAGACCCAGACCAGCAGCCCAGAAAGGGGGGACACACCAGGGUCCCUCCGUCCACACCAGCAGUCACCACCAAUUACUUGCUGCAGAGCUUCCGGAGGUUUCCCCAUUGUAGAGCACCAGGGGACAAAGACCCGGUCAGAAUAAAAACAGGGAGACAGAAUGCCGCUAACGGUGCAGAACGUUACCGCCACCUCGGCCACCGUGGCCUGGUCUCCCAUCCCGGGGGGCUGCAGGGGGGGCUUCUACAGCGUCAUGUACCACCCCAACUGGAACAGCCUGCUGACGGGACACGCGCACAGGAACUUCCUGCGCGAGGCGGCGGUGCCUGCCGGCCAGACCAGCACCAGCCUGGGAGAGCUCAGCCCCCACACCGCCUACGUCCUGUGCGUGACCUGCCGGGCCGCCGUUCCCGCCAACCCCUCCAGGGACCGCUGCCAGGUCUUCAACACGCUCCAGGAGCCGGAGCCCGGGGGCAGGGCCUGGGGCGGGGCCGGAGGGGAGCUGGCCAUGGGGGUGUGGCUGGCCAGCACCGUCCUGCUGGUGAUCAUCGCUGCGGUCCUGCUCUACGGCUGCCUCCAGGCCUGGUGGCAGUGGGACCGCGACUGGACCGGGAAUGGAAACGCUAAGGGGGGCAGGGGCCCCAGCCCCGGCAACUCUACGGGAGGGGACCCUCAGCCCGACUCCUUCACGGGGAACCCCAGCCACACGACCCCCCCGCCUCACAUCUGUGCCCCGGAACAGGUCCCCCUGUCAGCGCACCCCGACCGGGAGGAGCCCUGCGCAACCCCUUAAACCCUCCCACCUGCCCCAGCGACUAUAUCCUACAGCAGUGUUCCUCGCUCCUGGUCCUGGAGAGCGGCAGUGCAUGCUGCUUUUUGUUGUUUCUCAGCACUUAAUUGAUCAAUUGAAGGGGUUAUUUACAUGGUAAACACACAUGACCUGGUUUAUUGGGUCUGAAUUGGUUGCUGAUAUUAAGCGAACAAAAAGGAGCAGAGCUUGCGGCUCUCCAGGACCAGGAGCGGGGACCACAGUCUCUCAUCAUUCCUUCUGCUACUGCUACUGCGACAAAGCCCUGCUUCAUGCUCAUGGGACAAACUGCAUAAAACAUUACAUUACAUUAAGGCCUGCGAUGCUUUUGUUACUUUAGGAAAAGUGCACUGCAGUGUUUGAAAGAAGAGGGUGAUGAAAAUAAAAAGGAUUUCAAAAUGCUAUGUUGAAUUUAAUG